AUGUCGGACGAGAAGCCCCCGCAGCUGGUGGACUACUUUGUGGUGGCCGGACUGACGGACACCUCGAGGCCGCUGGAGGAGGAGAGCCAGCAGCACCGCCCGGCCCGCCCCAGCGAGCCCAUCACCGACGUGGCCGUCAUCAUCCGCUCGCAGGGCGAGGAGGUGCCCCACGGCUUCACCUGCAUCGAGACCACCACCUCAGGCCACCCCGUCGACCUCAACGCCGGGCUGCUCAACAACCCCCAGAUGUUCAUAUGCUACAAGCGGGGCCGGGACAAGCCCCCCCUCAUCGAGCUGGGGGUGCACUACGAGGGCAAGGACCGCCCGAAGCCGGGCUAUAAGAUCCUGGACACGACGCCCUACAGCCGCUCGGCCAACCUCAAUUCGGGGGGGCCGGGACACCAACGCACCUUCCUGACGUACCGGCGGGCGGCCGAGCCCCACGGCCACAACACGCUGGGGGUCACUGACAUCUGUCUCGUCAUGCCCAGCAAGGGCGAGAGCACCCCCCACACUUUCUGCCGGGUGGACAAGAACCUCAACACCAGCAUGUGGGGCCCUGCCCUGUUCCUGUGCUACAAGAUCGCCAUGGCCAAGGCCAACACGCUGGUCUACGAAGCAGGGCUGCUGGGACGUUACCCUGAGCAGGACAGCGAGUCCUUCCCCCUGCCCGAAUCGGUGCCCGUCUUUUGCCUGCCCAUGGGGGCCACCAUCGAGAGCUGGCCGGCCGACACCAAGUACCCGCUGCCCGUUUUCUCCACCUUCGUGCUGACCGGCGCCUCGGGCGACAAGGUGUACGGGGCGGCCAUCCAGUUCCACGAAGCGUUUCCCCGGGAGCGGCUGUCGGAGAAGCAGAGCCUGCGCCUGGGGCUGCUGAGCGUGGUGGACCGACGGCCCGUGGCCGGCCGCUCGCUGCAGACCCGCAAGAGCAUCUGCGUCCUCUCCCACUGGCCUUUCUUCGACGUCUUCCGCAAGUUCCUCAUGUUUAUCUACCGCUACUCCAUCUCGGGGCCCCACGUGCUGCCCCUCGAGACGCACAUCUCCCACUUCAUGCACAACGUCCCCUUCCCGUCCCCGCAGCGGCCGCGCAUCCUGGUCCAGAUGUCCCCGUAUGACAACCUGCUGCUGUGCCGACCCGUGUCCUCCCCGCUGCCGCUCAGCGGCGCCAGCUUCCUGACGCUGCUGCAGAACCUGGGCCCCGACAACGCGGUGGCGCUGCUGGUGGCCGUGCUGACCGAGCAGAAGCUGCUCAUCCACUCCCUGCGUCCCGACGUCCUGACCAGCGUGGGCGAAGCCCUGGUGGCGAUGAUCUUCCCCCUGCGCUGGCAGUGCCCCUACAUCCCGCUGUGCCCGCUGGCGCUGGCUGACGUGCUGUGUGCCCCCGUGCCCUUCAUUGUAGGCAUCCAUUCCAGCUACUUCGACCUCUACGAGCCCCCCAGGGACGUCAUCUUCGUCGACCUGGACACCAACACCAUCUUCCAGAGCGAGGAACGCAAGCUGCUCUCCCCCCGCUCCCUGCCCCGCCGACCCUGCAAGGUGCUGCUGGCCUCGCUGCACAGCCUCUCCCAGCAGCUGGAUGAGAUGUACAGUGGGCCGGGGGAAGAAGCGUCGCUGGAGCUGCUGCUGAGCGACGCGGAGGCGGCGCGGGGCCGACGGGCGCAGCUGGAGCUGGAGGCGCGGGCGGCUUUCCUGCGCUUCAUGGCCUGCGCCCUGCGGGGUUACCGCUCCUUCCUGCGCCCCAUCGCCCCGGCGCCCGCCCCGGCCGGCCGAGACGCCGGCAGCCUCUUCUCCCUGCAAGGGUUCCUCAAGUCCCGGGAGCGGGCGUACCACCGGUUUUACGGGCAGCUGCUGCGCACCCAGCUCUUCACCCAAUUCAUCGAGGACUGCUCCUUCGCCAGCGACCGAGACCCCUGCCUCGAAUUUUUCGACACCUGCGUGGAUAAGGUGGGUGCCGCCGGCUCCACGCCGCGUCCCUGUGUCCCCGUUCCCCGCCCCGGUGACCCCGUGCCCCCUCCCCAGGUGCAGGCGGAGCUGGAGAAGCCGGAGGACGCCCCGCUGAUGGAGCUGGACGACCCGCGGGGGGGCGAGCACACCGUCUUCAUCACCCCCCCUGAGCAGCCAGCGGGUCCCGACGGCGCCGAGCUGCCUGCGCGGUACCGCUAUGACGGGUUCCCCACCCUGCGCCCCGAGCUCCUGGAGCCCCCCCGGGACCCGCUGGUGGCCCAGCUAUGCCAGGCCAGGAGCAGUGCCCCCAGCAGCCCGGCCCCACGCAGGACCAAGCAGGAGAUGAAGGUGGCCCAACGCGUGGCCCAGAAGUAUUCCUCGGUGCCCGACAUGUGGGCCAAGUGCCUGCUGGGGCACUGCUACGGGCUCUGGUUCCUCUACCUGCCCACCCACGUCCGCGCCGCCCCCGCCAAGCUGCGGGCGCUUCAGCUGGCCUACGAGGUCCUGCGCAAGAUGGAGGCUCACAAAGUGGUGCUGCCGGACGAGGUCUGCUACCGCAUCCUGAUGCAGCUCUGCGGGCAGUACGGGGAGCCGGUGCUGUCGGUGCGGGUGCUGCUGGAGAUGAAGCGCGCCGGCAUCGUGCCCAACACCAUCACCUACGGCUACUACAACAAGGCGGUGCUGGAGAGCAAGUGGCCGGCGGGCACCCAGGGCGGGCGCCUGCGCUGGGCCAAGCUCCGCAACGUGGUGCUGGGGGCUGCCCAGUUUCGGCAGCCCCUGCGGCAGCGGGAACGCCGGGCCGCCGCGCCGCCGCCGCCAGGCGGCCGAGCCCCCCCGGCGCCCCGUCCCAGCCUGCAGCGGCAGACCACCUGGGCCGGGCGCAGCCUGCGGGACCCCCCCGGCCCCCGGCUGGUGAAGAGCGGCAGCCUCAGCUUCCCCGGUGGCACCCACGGUGAGGGGGGCCGGGGAGGGCCAGGGGAGACCCCAACUACCCGGCCCCCCCUUCUUCCCGCAGCCCUGGACCCGCUGCCCCCCCGACUGCGGGGUCCCCCCGGCUCGGCCGACGGGAGCUUGUCGGACGUCAGCUUUGCCACGGACGAGAGCGACCGGGCGGAUGAGGGGCCGGCGGGCGCCGGGGGGCCGGCGGGGGGCACGCCGCGGCGGGGGCUGGCCGCCAAGCUGCAGCAGCUGCUGUCCCCUGGCAAGCGGCCCCCGCUCCGGCCGGCCGCCAGUACCGAACUCCCUGCCGGCCCCCGGGACGACGAUGCCUGCCCGCGCCGGGGCUCCGAGCAGCGGGAUGGGGAGCCCCCGCCGCGCCGCAGCCCUGCCGAGACCCUGCUGCGCCCACGGGAGCGCCCCGAAUCCACCGCUUCCGAGAGCUCCGUCUCGCUGGGCAGCGAGUUGGACCUGUCGGACACGUCGGUGGGCAGCGCCAGCAUUCCCAAGUCCUCCGAGCCGCCGGCUGAUGGGGCAACCGGGCAGGAGCCGCCCGCCGUGGAGGUCCUGCUGUCCAGUUGCUCGCGGUGCCAGGGCUGCGGCGCGCUGGUGUACGACGAGGAGGUGAUGGCCGGCUGGACCUCCGAUGACUCCAACCUCAACACCACCUGCCCCUUCUGCGGCCGCUCCUUCGUCCCCUUCCUCAGCAUCGAGAUCCAGGACUUCCAGCUGCCCCCCAGGUAGGAUCCCCCCGGCCCAGCGGGACCCUGCGCACCCCCGUGUCCCCCAUCCUUCGGGAGAAACCCUCAUGGACCGGUGCUCAGCGACCGCCGCCGCUGCCUGGCCCUGGAUGAGGCCGAGCCGGAGCUCUGCAACGGCUGCCCGGAUGCGGCGGUGCCGCGGCGGUCGGAGAGGGUGGCUUUCGCCUACCUGAGCCCGUUGGUGUUGCGGAAGGAGCUGGAAAGUUUGGUGGAGAACGAAGGCGGCGAGUUCCUGGCGCAGCCGGAGCUGGUGGACAGCCAUCCCAUCAUCUACUGGAACCUCGUCUGGUACUUCCAACGCCUGGGGCUGCCCAGCAACCUCCCCCGCCUGCUCCUGGGCUCCCAGCACGUCACCCCGGUCCCGCAGCCCCCCGAUUCCCCCUGCGUACGCGUACGCCUGCUUUGGGACGUCCUGGCCCCCGAGCCCGACAGCUGCCCCCCGCUUUACGUCCUCUGGCGGCUUCACAGUAACGUCCCCACCCGGCUGCGGUCCUGGCGGCCCCACGGCCACCCCUUCUCGCUGGCCUUCCUGGAGGCCGUGCUGAGCCACGUGGGGCUGAGCGAGGUGCACAAGGCCAUCGCCCUCUUCCUCGAGAUGCUGGCGGCUCCGGGCGGCCCCUGGCACCUGCAAAGGAGCAUCUACCGGGAAAUCCUCUUCCUCACGCUGGCGGCACUGGGCAGGGACCACAUGGACAUCGCCGCCUUCGACAAGAAGUACAAGUCGGCCUACAACAAGCUGGCGGGGAGCCUGGGCAAGGAGGAGCUGCGGCGGCGGCGGGCGCAGCCCCCCAGCUCCAAAGCCAUCGACUGCCGCAAGAGCUUCGGGGCCACCCUCGAGUGCUAG